AUGCUUGUUCAAUUCCCGUCAUUCCUCGCCGUUUCGGUACUGGCUGGUUUUGCCACCCAUGUCCUCGGUCUGAAUAUUCUCCAAGGAUCGAAAUUCGCUGGGAAACGAUCAGUCGAGGAGCGCGAUGGCGUUGUCCACACCAUUUUUGAACAUAAUGCGACGGGAGCGACGAUAGACUAUGUCAAGAAUUCCGGCAUCUGCGAGACGACGCCUGGUGUAAAUCAGUACUCUGGCUACUUCUCAGUCGGCAAAAAUAUGAGCAUGUGGUUCUGGUUCUUCGAGGCUCGACACGAUGCCGAAUCCGCGCCACUUGCCUUGUGGUUGAACGGAGGACCAGGGUGCUCCAGCAUGAUAGGAUUAUUCCAGGCACGGCUGAACCAAUGCAUCUCUCGAGAAAACGGUCCUUGCCAAUUUUAUAACAACGCUACGACUCCUUCGCUGAACCCCUAUAGCUGGAACGAGUACGCUAACUUGUUAUAUGUGGACGAACCAAUUGGAACGGGGUUUUCGUAUGGUAAUGAUACCGUCGUUGGGACUGUUUCUGCAGCGCCGUUUGUGUGGAAACUAUUGCAAGCUUUCUUUGCACAUUUUAGACAAUACGAGAGCCGGGACUUUGGUCUCUUUACAGAAUCGUACGGAGGACACUAUGGGCCUGAAUUCGCUUCCUACUUCGAACAACAGAAUGGGGCUAUCCAUAAUAAAAGUUUGCAUGCCGAGGAAAUCAACCUAGUGGCUCUUGGUAUCAACAACGGAUGGUACGAUGCGAUAAUCCAAGAACGAGAAUUUAUAUCCUUCAGCGCCAACAACUCAUAUUACCCCCUAAUCAACAGCUCCAUCGCCGACGCCUACUUGGCGAACUACACCUCCACCUGUCUCCCCGCUCUCCUGACCUGCAACUCCACCACAGAAGAAACACCGCAGUGCUAUAACGCACACGAGACAUGCAACGCCGUCGAUAACGCUUUCAGCGUCUAUUACCCAGAUAUCGAUUACUACGAUAUCCGCCAGCCGAGCUCUGCUCCCUUUCCACCAGAGACGUAUCUCAAUUAUCUGACUGAUCCGGCUGUGAUGAAAGCUAUUGGAGCGAAGUCGAAUUAUUCUGAAUGUUCUGAUGCUGUAGAUUUGCCAUUCGCGCAGUUUGGUGAUGGUUCACGUUCUUUCUUACCGACCCUAUCAUCGGUCGUACAAUCCAACAUCACAGUCUUAAUCUGGGCCGGCGACGCGGAUGCCGUCUGCGACUGGUUCGGCGGCUUCGCAUCCGUAAACGCCGUCGAGUAUUCCGGCUCAGCCGAGUUCAGCAGUAAGGCCGUGGCGAACUAUACGCUGGGCGGUGUGACGAAGGGGACGUAUAAGAGCGUGGGAAAUCUUAGCUGGUUGCGGGUCUUUGAGUCAGGGCAUAUGAUACCGUCUUUUCAGCCGGAAUUGGCGUUGCAAGUUUUCAAGCAGACGUUGCAGAAGAAGCCUAUCUCGGGUACUUAG